GACGAGGGCGACAACGGAUCAUUAUCAAAACUGUAUUCCCUGUUUUGGAACAUAUAAAUAGGACGGAGGAACGUCCUGGAAGUAUAGUCGCUCUUUCAUCAUGGGUAUCGCAAGGUUGUUUUUCUGUUGCUUCAUCCUCAACCUUUACAUCUACACCGUAAACAGUUUAAACGAAAUUCCCGGAGAGGAAAAUUGCGAAACUUUACCAUCCGACAUCCAUUUAAUAAAAGAGGAAUAUGAUGAACUUGGUCGACUACAGAGAACCUGCAAUGGCGAGGUUGCAGUCAACAAAUGUGAAGGAACAUGUAACAGUCAAGUUCAACCAUCUGUAAUUACACCAACUGGAUUUUUAAAGGAAUGUUACUGCUGCAGGGAAAGUUAUUUACGAGAACGCAUAAUAACAUUGACUCACUGUUACGAUCCUGAUGGAAUUAGGCUCAUUGGGGAAGGAAAACAAACGAUGGAUAUAAAGUUGAAAGAACCAGCCGAAUGUAAAUGUUACAAAUGUGGAGAUUUCAGUCGCUAACCAUAUUCUACGCCCAUUAUUCAUUGAAAUCUGUUUU